GGUAACCUCGUAUAACAGUAAGGAGAGAGAGAGAGAGAGAGAGAGAGAGUUGGAGGAAUUUUUAUGGCCUCGGAGGAUAUCGCUGAACGGGCAUUGGGAAAGAAGCCGAGGAUAAUGGCAGAAGAAAGUCCGUUACAGUCAAAAUUUCAGGAGAUUGGCCGGGCACUCGAUCUCAUGAAUGAAAAGCGGGAGAGGCUUGUGAAGGCCAGCCGUGAUAUUACCAUACAUAGCAAGAAGGUCAUAUUUGCCGUCCACAGGGUUUCAGGGAUCAAUAAGACAGCAAUGUUGGAGCAGGCAGAGAGAGACCUGAGUGCAGUCCGUACCAACCAAGUGACGCGUCUUGCCAAAGAGCUGCAGGGAAAUGACUACUGGAAGUUUAGAAGAGCAUAUUCACCAGGGUUGCAGGAGUUCGUGGAAGCUGCUACCACCGUCGAAUUCGUGAAAAGUGGUCAGCUGCUGACUUUACAACAAUUGAACCAGAGCUUUGCCAACAUAAAGGAUGCUGCUAACAAGCCAUUUGAAGUGAGCAUCCCAGAUUACAUUCUUGGGGUGGGAGACUUGACUGGAGAGCUCAUGCGACUUGCCGUGAGUGGGAUUGCUGCUGGGGAACGACAAGCUGCCAUCUCAGUAUGCAAUUUGAUUCGUGGUUUAUAUGAAGGAUUCAGCAUGCUUCCUGCCCUCCAGGAUAAUAUUCGUGAUUGGAAAACAAAAUCAGAUGUAAUGCUGCAGAGUCUCAUCAAAGUUGAAACGGCUUGCUAUAAUGUACAUGUGAGAGGUUUGGAGUAUCCACCUGAAAUGCUUGCUAGCGAAUUUGAGUAUGGUGAAGAUGACUUAUGAUCUCAGAGUUCGACAUACAUUCCACUCGCAAGGAAAUCUGAAGAACAAUCUCAGGAAAUCUAUGCUACAUACUUGGAAGGAUGGUCGGAAGGCAUAUCGCAGUUGUGGUGCCUUGUGAUGACUAUUAAGUGCUUUGAUGCAAUCUUGCUACAGUGUGUGUUGUUAUAAUUAAGAAUUGAAUUUUCAAGAGAUAAAUUGUGAGAAAUUUUGUC